CCGGUUAUUAUGCAAUGGCAUUCGCUUUAACAUAAAAAAAAAUCAGCUUUUGCCUCUUUCUAACUGAUCGUGAUUCCACGCGCACUCCACUCCAGGAUUUGUUCACGACCUCCCACAGGAGUGCCCCCCACUUCCCCACUCCCUCCCCAGGUCUGGAGUGUUACGAUGUGAAAGACAGCGGCACCUUUUCGUCUUCUGUAACAAGUCAGAGAAACAUUCGAAUGGGAUUUUAUCCGAUGCCGGGUGGGUUCGCUGCCUGCACUAGGACAUAGACAAACCACAGCGCAACACCUGACAUUGGAGCCACUGACUCAAAAACUGUUAACAGCCAAGCGAGGAUCUUUAUUUCUUUUCUGGUGGCUUUGCUCCAACUGGACUGAUGAAUACUUAUGUAGAAAUUGCCUUGCGAUGUUGAGGGUGAUGAAAGAAGAUUCCAGUGAAAGCCAAUAAUUGGGCUUUAUUACAUUCUUUGAGAUUUGCAUCCCUUUUCUCCAAUGGCAAAAAGUCCAGAGGUGAAACUUGCCAUCUUUGGCACAGCUGGAGUCGGAAAAUCAGCUCUUGUGGUGAGAUUCCUUACCCGACGGUUUAUCUGGGAGUACGAUCCAACUUUAGAGUCAACUUAUCGUCAUCAAGUAAAUAUUGAUGAUGAAGCAGUAUCCAUGGAAAUACUAGACACAGCUGGUCAGGAAGAUCUACUUCAGAGAGAAGGCCAUGUAAGAUGGGGAGAUGGAUUUGUUAUUGUGUAUGACAUUACAGACCGAGGCAGCUUUGACGAAGUGGUGCCUCUUAAGAACUUCCUGGAUGAGAUUAAAAAGCCAAAGAAUGUCACUCUGAUCCUGGUAGGUAACAAAGCUGAUUUAGAGCACUCACGGAAAGUCUCCACCGAGGAAGGUGAAAAACUGGCAACUGAGCUUGCCUGCGCCUUCUAUGAGUGCUCUGCUUGUACUGGAGAAGGCAGCAUAAAUGAAGCCUUUCACGAGCUCUGCAGAGAAGUAAGGCGGCGCAAAAUGAUUCAAGGAAAGACAAGGAGACGGAGCUCCACCACUCACGUCAAGCAAGCAAUCAACAAAAUGUUGACCAAGAUAAGCAGCUAAAAACAAUAGUCGUUCCAUAAUAUUUCAAAAAAAGGAGUUUAAAAACUUUGAAUUAAAUGAGAAUAUGCACUAAUUUAAAACAUGAUGGGAUCUAAAAAAUGUGCUUCAAAAAUAAAAAAAUGUAAGAAAAACUCCUACACAGCUUGUAUACAGCAUUUUACCAAGAAUAUAUGACAUCUGAAUUUGUAAGGUUGACAUCAGACACGAUGAAAUGCAGCUUUGUGGAAGGCAAAAGCUUUGUGUACCUGGCGCUUGUGUGAUGAACAGAUGCCACUGUUUAGCAGCAUGCACUUAUCUUUUAUUGUGAUUUGUCUGUUAACCUUUAUUCUAGUCAACAAAGUGUCUAUUUAAGUUAGUUUGAGAACAUAGUCCUGAAAAACCUCUGCAAAAAAGCAAAUUUAAAUUCAGAGAUAAUACAUUGUAGGGAAAAAAGAAAUACACACUAAUACAAAGAGAAAUGUCAAACACAAAGUGUUGCGACAAGACAAAUGCCCACAAGUCUAUUUAGACUUAAGCAAAUCCAAGUAAUAAAACAAUACUCUGCAAAACUGUUUUCACAACAUUUUCUUAAGGAAAAAAUUAUAUAUAUAGUAUAAAUAGUACUUGAUUUCACUAUAGCAAGUCAAAAUGCUCAUGUUGUUCUCAUAGGUUAGGCUAUGUGAACAAAGAAGCAGUUCUAGCAACCAUAAAGUUGAAAAAUUCUAAAGUAAACUGGUUACAGUAUAUACAAGAAAUGCUUUUCUGUGUCAUGCAGUGUAAGUAUGGCAAGUAAGUCAUAUUGUUGUACUUUCCCCAAACUGUUUAUGCAAUAUUUACAGUGUCAUAAAGUAUGUUGAAAUGUGAUCUGCAAGUAAAUAAUGCUUAAACAAGGCUGAAAUGAAAUGAUCUAAAUGGUGUUAAAUAAAAUUAUCUGGAUGAACAAUA